AUGAGUACAGACGCACGCCCUUCAGGUCACCUAAUAAUAGACAAUCCACUCAUUCACCAAGAGUACCCUCAAUUAGAGGCCGAGGUCGAGCAAUUUCACGAACGUCUUCAGCUCGAAAGUGUCGUCGACCUGCAAACCCUCAUCAAGGGCGCAAGUAUCGCAAAACAGCGAUGGGGUCAUGCGAUACCCGGGCUUACCCCCAUGGAGGCCGCGACCCUAAAGGAAGAGUAUUUGGAGACUUCGCUGUCGUUAUUGCAUACUAGGGGUCUUCUUGUCACUAUCAUGGCAACGGCUUGUGCCGCAAUCACACAGGGAUGGCAGCAAUCAACCAUUAACGGCAGCUCUGUUUUCGAAUGGGAGAAAGAUUUUAAGCUUAGUAAUAACGGGAGCGGGUCAUUCUUGAUUGGAACCAUCAAUGCAGCUCCUUGGCUUUCGGGAAGUCUUAUAGGGACGUGGUUGAGCGAUCCUCUCCAAGAGAAAUUUGGCAGACGCCCCGCGCUUUUCAUUGCUGCAGUUUUCUGCGUCGCUCUUGUGAUAGGAACAGCUCUUUGCACCAAUUGGGAGUCACUACUCGCCUGCCGAAUACUACUUGGUGUGGGGAUCGGAUCGAAAGCUUCAAUAGCUCCUAUAUUUGCUGCAGAAGCAGCACCAGAUAGACACCGAGGUCAAGUCUUGAUGCUGUGGCAACUUUUCGAUGCAUUUGGGAUUUUUCUCGGUUUCUUGUGCGCAUUUAUCGUAAUGGAUAAUUGGAGAGUACUCCUGGCAACCGCCAUAAUACCCGCCGUCGUCCUUCUAUUUUUGGUGUUUAUAUGUCCCGAGUCGCCGAGAUUUCUGAUACAAAGGAAUCAAUAUGCCGAAGCAUAUAAAAGCCUCUUAGAGCUCCGAGGAACUCCCAUCCAAGCUGCGCGAGAUCUUUACUACAUCCAUGCUCAGCUUCAGGCCGAGGCUAUCACAGUAUGGGACCCCCAAAGGAAGCCAUGGUGGUCAGAGGUAGAACAACUCUAUGCCUACCAAAAAUGGAUCAGAAAAGGCAAUUUCUUCAAGCGGAUGAUGUAUCUCGCCACAAAUCCACGAACUCGAAGAGCGUGCACGGUCGCUUCGAUCGUAAUGGCAUCACAACAACUGUGUGGUAUCAAUGUUUUAGCAUUCUAUUCACCCUGGCUUCUCAAGGACCAAAAACCGUCGGUUAAAUUGUACAAUUUUGGAUUUGGUCUAGCCAAUUUUCUUUUUACUUUGCCUGCAUACAGGUUUAUUGACUCUCGUGGACGCCGACCUCUGCUACUUGUCUCAUUUAUUGGGAUGUUUUUUAGUCUGAUCGUAGUCAGCGGCUUCUUUAAACUCUCCGACUCUGGUGCUCGGUUAACCCUGAUAUCAGUAUUCAGCUGUGUAUUUUUUGUCUUUUUCUACUCAAUCGGUGCUGGGCCCAUUCCUUUUACACUGAGUGCAGAGGUGUUCCCUCUAUGCGUGCGCGAGGUGGGAAUGAGCUUCAGUGUUAUGAUCAAUUUUCUUGGUCUUGGGAUUUUAGUGCUUUUUGUGCCCCAGUUGAUCAAAAUAUUUGAGAAAAACCUUCUGUUCAUCUUCUCAGCUUUGAAUUUAUUGGCACUCAUCUUGAUUUUCUUCUUGGUCCCCGAAACCAACUACGCGAAGCUAGAGGAAAUGAACUCAAUAUUCCGCCGGGCAACAAAAGAACAGGUUCUGGACCACGCUCCGUUCUUAAGCCCCCUCUAUCGGAAGUCAUCACGCCAGGGAGAUAUGGAGAGUACAGCCCUACAAGAUAGAGAAGAAGUAUGA